CAGUGCUUUGAGUGCAGUGUGUCUCUGUCUUAAAUGUCGACAGGCGACAUGUGAGACUAACCGGUUUCAUAUAUAUUACCGGUAAACAGGAAGUGAAUCGGCGCACUGAAUAGAGCUAAUCUUUGCAGUAUUCAAUUUCAUUUAAAUAUGUAAAUGCAUUUGUUGAAUGUGCAUUGAAAAGGCUGUCUCGGAUAUUACACAUUAAACAAGCGAUUCAAAGUGGAAAAAAUGAGCGACGUGUUGAAGUGGAUAACAGACAAAGUUACAGGUACAGACGAUAUCUUCACUAAAACUAAGAAAUCGCUUAGACAACAUGUGUCUGCGAUAGGUCCCUUAGUCGCUUCUCUGAAGACGCUGUCAAGUGAAGUAACACAAGCCACACAAAAGUCAGCAGUUGGACCUGUUGGUUUAUUAAAGCCAGCAGAGUGGGAUGACGUUAAAGAAAGGGCAGCCAAUAUAUUAACUAAGAUUGACAACAAUGAGAUGAAAAUAUCCGUCUUUGGAAGAACAUCAAGUGGUAAGAGUACAGUUAUCAACGCAUUGCUGGGUGAUGAUAUAUUACCAUCUGGACUUGGACAUGUAACAAAUUGUUUUGUUACAAUUGCUGGGACCGAUGAUGAGCAUGGCUAUUUGAUAAGUGAGACAUCGCCUGAAGAAAAACAUGAUAUUGAGAGGGUUCUUCAUAUGGCACACGCACAAUUGACUAAUGUAUCAGAUUUAAUGAACCUUAAGUUAUACUUGCCAAGAAAAAAACACCGAAUUCUUGCGAACGAGUUCGUGAUUAUAGACAGCCCAGGUAUUGAUGUUGAAAAAGUACUGGAUGAAGGUAUAUCCCAAACAUGUGGUAACUCAGACGUGUUUAUUUUUGUUGUCGGCGGUGAGAGCAUUAUAUCCCUUACUGAAAAGGCAUUCUUUGCACGCGUUGCCAAAACAAUGUCAGUCCCUGAUAUUUUCAUAUUAAUCAAUCGAUGGGAUCUUUGUCAAAUGAACGACUCGAAGGGGUUUGACAUAACCAAAUUAAGACAGCAACAUGAUCAGAAGUGCAAGGAAAUUUUUAAGAUGAUGAAUGUCGACGUUCCUAAAGAUGACAGAGUGUUUUUUGUGUCCGCCAAGAGGUUUCUGGAAUCAAGAAUGAAAGAUUGUGGACAUCAAAAUGAGCUCAAUACUAUAGACCAUGGUGAUAAGCGGGAGGGAAAUGCAUCCGUUGAAGAUGAUCAAUCAAAUGCAAGCGAUGAUUUCAACGAAAUGGAGUUAUAUGUACACAAUGAAGAGAAACACUUGAAAACAAACGAUGAUGUGGAUAAGAGGGUGAUAAAGAAACGCGAUGAAGAAGAUCAAUUGCAUGGAGUCGAUGAUGGAGACCAGCGGAGGCAAAAUGCUAGCAACGAAUUGUUUGCAGUCAAGGCUUUGGAACAGCCUGAUAGCAAUACCACAGAUGAAUUCGAAACAUUUCAGAAUAGAUUGAUGGAUAGCGUAUGCAAAUAUGCUGUGCGCACACAAUUUAGUGGACAUAUAUUAAGUGGGAGAGAAAUUUGCGGAUGUAUGGAAAGAGCAUGCAGAGACAUGAAAAACCUGCUAACAGAAAAAAGGGAUUUUUAUGCUAAGCUUAAAGAAACCACUGAUGGCAAGAUUGGUGUUCUCGACGACGCCAGAAAGCAAUUAACUGACACAUUGUCUCAACAGGCUGGUAUACUUAAGAAAAAGCUACAAGCACUUGUAACAGAAAAAAUGAAAACUAUACAGAUGGAACAACUGUUAGACAAAAUUGAAUCCGACAAUGAAUAUUUCGACAAGGAUAAACCAGAUGAGUACAAAAAGACAUUAAACAAACGCAUGAAAUCAAAUUUGCUAAAACUAGCACCAAAUUGUUGUCGGCAGGGCAUAAUAAAAUCUCUCGAUUCUACAAUAAAAACUUUAAAAGGAAAGAUGGCAGAGGUCGAGAGAGUUUGGGCAAUCGAACUAUCUCUCAGUAGCGAGAGAAUUGCGAGCAACACAUUUGGCUUAGAUGCGACUGAUGUGUUCGAAAACAUUUUAGCUGAGUUUACGGAAAAUCUAGGAUUCAAAUUUAACGCCUGGAUUUGCGCGGCUGUAAUGAUUCCACUUGCCUUAGGUCCUGCAGGCGUCGCUUAUUUAGCCGCAGCCACCACAGGAGCAGUUGCAAUGACAGCGUUUGGAGGUGGAGUGGUGGGAUUAACAGCGUCAUAUGGCGGACAGAAAGCGAUGUGGGACAAAAAAAAGGACAUUGAACAAAAAUUCAUCGAGUAUGCCGAACCAAAACUGGAGAGCUUAAAAAAACAACUGGCAGAGUCGCUGAUUGAAAAUAUUGAAACAAAAUUGCGAAGAAAAAUUGAUGUUUUUAAAGAAAAGUUGGAAAAAGAAAAAACGCCAUUGAAUGAAACGGUCAGAUACCAAAAAGAACGGAUUAAAUGCUUGGAAGAGCUAGAAAAGAAAGUUAAUGCUAUAAGGAAUAAAGCGGAAAACUUACGAUCACAAUUUGUGAUAUUGGAGAAUGAAGUUAAACGUACCUGCGAGACAAUCGGUUGACGAUGGAAACAGUUUAUGUAUUCCUCGCGCAUUAAAUUGAAACUUUAAUUCUUGUUAACAAAUAAUCUAUCUUUUCCCUAAAACAAAAUGAAUAAGUUGUCAAUUAAACAUUAUACGUUUAACAUAUUAAAUGCACAAUACAAAAGAAUGUCGAACUGUCGUGUACCGGCAUUUUAGCAAAAUAAUAUUGCUUUAGUUAAUAUAUGUUAUAUAUUUAAAAUAUGAAUUUACUUUGUUAAACAAUAACUGCUUACUUUUCACAGAGAAUAUAGCUCAUUUUUCAUGUAGUUUAGAACCGCUCCUAAUAAAUGAAAAAGGCUGAAAAAAGCAAACAUAUUUUUGUUUCUAGCUUAUAUGCGAAAUAACAAAAACAAUAGGGCUAGUCUUAUGCGUGUAUCAAUCGUCGAAUGGGUCCAAAAAGGUUAUUUCGUGUUCAUUGUACGAAUUUCACAUGAGGGCUAAUUAUACUUCGUGUGUGUUAGUAUGAUAAUUAACGAAUUACUGAAUAUGUUUUAUACACAUUUAUUAUUUAAUUUUAAAUUUACAUUUUUAAAUAGAAAAUUAUAGUAUUGUAUUAUAAAUUAUGUUUGAACAAAUGUUUAGUUUUCCUUGAAUAAAUAUCAUGACAAAUUUGAUUUUAAAGCUGCUAAGCGGUGCUUCGAGUGUUAAUAGAAACCGUACUAUAUGUAAUCUCCCACGUUGUUUCUUUUUUGUGUGUGCUAAUUCGUUGAAACAGCUGUUUUUUAAUUAUUUUAUAUUUAUUUCUUUUAUAUUUUAUUCUUUUUGUAUAUUCAGAUGGAAUAUGAUGUUAUAAAUUAAACAUGAACAUAGACUGUAUUUAGUGUAUGGCUGUGAUUAUUCACUUAUUCAUGAUUUUAUGUACGGACUCUAAUCAAUGUAACCGUAUACAUGUAUUCGUCACUUAUAGGAUGACAUAUUAAUUUAGCAUUCAUUUAAAAUCAAGAAGAUGCUUUUAAUACCGACUUAGUUAUGACAAAAAAUACAUCUUGACAUUCUCUGUCUAAAACUGCUGUGUGUCUUGAACAUUUGAGCUGUGUAUAGUGCUGUUAUGUUGUUUUAGUGGUGUUGUGUUGAUUUUAUUACUUUUUGUUCGUCUCGUUCUUUUAUUAUGUGCCUAUUGCUGUUGUUCUCUUUCUAAUGUUAAUAUGCUGUGUCUAGUGCUGAGGUGGUUUUUCUAAAGCCUGAGAUGUUUCCACUGUUGUUGUGCUGUGCCUAGUUAUGAUGUGCUUUACUUAGAGUUGCUGUUCUAUGUCUAGUGCCGCUAUGAUGUGUCUAGUGCGUUUGUGCUUUGUCAUGUUAUUUCGUGCCGCUCCUUUUGUGCUUUAUCGUCUGAUUUUCUUAUAUGGCUUGCAAUAGUCGUUGUGCAUAUUCACUUCUUUAUAUUGUUCUGUUGUGUGUUGACUUAUGGGUGUGUGUUGUUUCAAAAUGUUUUCCAGUUAAUAAUUGACCUCUUGCUAUAGCCAGAUUAGUUUCCUCCUUGUUAACAGUUUCGAAUCUAUGCGUGUCUUACAUAUACAACGUAAGUUGCAAUAAUCGUUUCAAGACAUAUAGAAUGCAUGUCUUACAUAUGCAUGUCUUACAUAUCCAACGUUAGUUGCAAUAGUCGUUUCAAGACAUAUAACGCUAAUUAUCUGAGCGUCAGUCAACCAAAAAAAUAUCGAUAAUAUUUUCGGCGUUUUUCCGAUAAUUCCUGGACUUGAAGCGUUAAUAGUAUAUACUACAUAUAUAUUCAGAUUGUCAAUUAUAUUUUCGCCGCGUUCAAUAUGGUUACCAUGCAAUUACACUCAGUUCAAUCCAUGUUUUGGUUUCGUUUCUUUUAGUUUACAAGCCCGGAGAUGCAUUCUUUCGUAUGUGUUUUUAAUUGUUACACUUAAUCUCACACAUAUUUCGUACAAACAGUGAUUUAAUGUCCAAUUAAUGAACUUAUUAACUUGUGUCAAAUAGAACUAACGUAGUAUAUGUACUUAUAUCAUUUGCUAAAUUUACCUUGAAGAUAUUAUAAAUAAAAGUGUUAUUUUUCCUGAUAAGUACAAUUUGUACUAAAUCCGUCGCUACUGUUUACCAAUAUGCACAAUUGUUUCGAUCGCCGUGCACUAUGUUACUUGAUUAAUUCGCUUAGUCAUUGCAGAGAACAUUAAUGAUAUUUUUGUUUAGUUUUUAACAUUAACAAAAACGGUGUUUUUGUUGUUGUUUUUGUCAUCAAACGUAUACAUGCCAAAUAUGGUUCACAUAUACUGAUUGUGUAAUCUUUCUAUUUAUUAUCGGUAUUGUUCUACUUUUAAAGAAAACAUUUAAAGCUGUAUGUUUGCGAACAAUGACCUAUUAAUAAAAUGAUAUAAUUCA